AUGGAAGCGCCUGCGGACGUUGUGCCUUCGGUGGAGGCGCCACCUUCGCAUAACGACGAUGCGGUGCCCAAAGCCGCUCUUACGCCCCCAACGAGCGAAGACAACGAUAAGAGAGACGAAAGGUUGUCAUCAGAGCUGUCUGAUAUCGACAGCGACGAUGGCGAGGAUAUCGAACCCGACCACUAUUUCGAAGGAGGAAAGAUUCCCGUUUUCAAGCCGACCAUGGAUCAAUUCCGCAACUUUAAGCGCUUCAUCGACAAGAUCGACAAGCACGGAAUGAAGUCUGGCAUCGUAAAAGUCAUUCCUCCUACUGAAUGGCGCGGCUCUCUUCCCGAUCUCAGUGAAGCCGUCAAGUCGAUCAAAGUCAAAAACCCAAUUAUGCAAGAAUUUGCAGGCCAGCACGGCAUAUACACGCAGGCAAACAUUGAAAAACAGCGAUCAUACAACUUGCCGGAAUGGCGAUCGGUGACUGAUGAGCCGCAUCAUCAACCCCCGGCCAAGCGAGGCGAGCGACGGAAAGCUGCCGCAGAGCCCCCGUCUCGAACCCGCUCCACCAGAGCCCAGACCGCCCCCACGAACAAGGACACCUCGCCUGCACCCAAACGCGGUCCCGGACGUCCUUCGAGGCGACGUCAAGUGAAGAAAGAACGGCUCGACGAUGAUGAUGAUGAUGACGACGAUGCAGCCUCCAUCGAUGUUCCUCCGACUCCCACAUCUCCAGGUAAAGAGGAGAAGAGAUCCACGCGCAGGGUCAAGAAGGAAAACCGCGAUGAUGCAACUCCUACGAAGGCACGCGGCCGACAACCGAAGACUGCGGAUCAAGCAAAGUCGGUAUCCUCCCGUCGUCUGAAUAAUCGGGGUGCUGUCAACGACUACGUUGAUGAAGCUGCCUUUGAUGAUUUCGAUUACCACCAUCCGGGUCUGGAAGAAUUUACUGUGGAGCGGUGCAAAGAGCUCGAAGACAACUACUGGAAAACCAUCAACUAUGGCCAACCAAUGUACGGCGCCGACAUGCCCGGCUCCCUAUUUGACGAGCGAACAACUUCCUGGAAUGUGGCUAAGCUCCCCAAUCUGCUUGAUGUUCUCGGAACAAAAGUUCCUGGUGUCAACACGGCAUACCUCUACCUAGGCAUGUGGAAGGCUACUUUCGCAUGGCAUCUCGAAGACGUGGAUCUGUACAGCAUCAACUACAUACAUUUUGGUGCACCGAAACAGUGGUACAGUAUCUCGCAAGAGGACGCGCGUCGCUUCGAAGCAGCUAUGAAGAGCAUCUGGCCAAACGAUGCGAAGCAUUGCUCCCAAUUCUUGCGUCACAAGACAUACCUGAUAUCACCCCAACGUCUGGAGAAAGAUUUCAAUAUCAAAGUCAACCGACUAGUCCACUACGAGGGCGAAUUCGUCAUUACAUACCCCUACGGCUAUCAUUCAGGCUACAACAUUGGCUACAACUGUGCUGAGUCGGUCAACUUUGCAAACGAAUCCUGGCUCAGUUACGGACGAAUCGCGAAGAAGUGUAACUGCGAGUCGGACAGCGUCUGGGUCGAUGUGAACGAGAUUGAGCGCAAGCUGCGAGGAGAGCCAACCCCAGAGUACUACGAGGAAACCGAUGACGAAGAUGAAGAGGAGGUCGACGACCGCCUCCCCCACUCCACCACGCAGCGUCGUCGAAAGCCUGCUGCCAACAAGAGAAAGAGAGGGGCCAAAGAGCCAGAAGAAGCCCCAAAGCCCAAGAAGGUCCGACGCAUUCGCAUUCGCAUCAAGAUUCCUGGCCGAGGCAUGCCUUGCAUUCUUUGUCCAAAUGAUGUUGAAUAUGAUGAGCUGCUACCAACCGACAACGGUAUGAAGGCUCAUCGUAUUUGCGCCGACUACACGCCCGAGACAUUCAUCAUUGCGAAGCCAGAAGGUGGCGAUACUGUAUGUAAUGUGGCGAACAUUGGCAAGGAUCGCUUGGACCUCAAGUGUAAUUACUGUCGUUCCAAGCGUGGCGCUGUCUUCCAGUGUUCGCAAAAGAAAUGCACGAGGGCCUUCCACGCUACGUGCGCGGUAGCAGCCGGUGUGCAAGUCGAUCUUGGUCCGAUGCCUACAUUCGACGAAGAAGGCACCGAGUAUUUCUACGAUGGAUACGACUUCCGCUGCAGAUUCCACCGACCGAAGAAGCGGAACAACAAGACUGUGGACGUUGAUGCACUGGAGAAGGACAAGUUCGUCUUGAACUACGGCAAGACACUCAAGCCCCGGGAUGUCAUCCAGUUUCAGUAUGUUGGUGGCGAGAUGUAUCAGAUCUACGGUGCCCAAGUCGUGGAGAACAGGCCUGGUGAGCAGGCUGUACUUGUCGAUGUCCUCCCUGACGGUGAUCGCGUUGAAGUGGAGUGGAAGUACAUUCUUAAACUCCACCCAGACGAAUCUCAACGACCGAAACCUUCCGCGAACGCGAAACCUCUCCCUGAGCACCUUAAGGAGAGCGACGCUUCUCUGGACAUUACAAAUCGCACUGAUGGUGUGCCAGACAUGGGCGAUCCUUUCCAUGAUCCUGCUUCAGCCCACAAGUGGGCAGAGUGGCACACUGCACCUGAUGUUACCCGCCAGCUUGCCAAAGUCGAUUUCAGUAAAGAGAAUCGACUCUGGUACUAUCUUGGCAAACCCUCGACGGAAGCAAGGCCGCAAUAUACGGAAGAUCCAGCCAAGCCGAAGAACAACCCGAAGAGCAACUUCUUGGACACAGUCAAGCCGCCACCUCCGCCGGUGCCAGCUUUUGCUCAACGACCGUACUCGGCUGCCUAUCCCCUCAAACCGGCUCCGAUUGCUGUACCUCCUCGCACACCAUCACAACAUCAGUUACAGCCCGCGGGACGACCAUACCAGUACAGGCCAAAGCACGAGUCGUACAUGACAUCGUGGAAGUCGCCUGUGUACAAUCCGGAUACCAGGAAGAACCCGAAUUCACCAGUGGCGCAUCAGCCAAACGUCAGCUAUGACCAUCGCCCGCCAUCGCAGGGUCAUGGCGCCUUCAAGCCGAGCAUCGAUCUCUCAAAUACCGAGCAACCCAUCAGGGACUCCCAAUCCACCAAAUCAUCGGAUGCCUUCCAGCGCGAUAUGCAGCGCACAUCUCAGCCUUCGGAGGGCGCGCCAAAGUGGGAACAAAUGCUCAAGCAGCUGGCCACCUCAACCGGACCCACCACCACUACGUCCACAUCCACUGCGGGUCCAACCUAUGCGCCGCAACCUUACUAUGCUCAGCCGCCCUCGCACUCGAGCCCGGCCACCCGCCGCCGCAAGCCCAGCCCCAUGAACUACAACGACCGAUACCGAGUCCGAUUAGUGACGAUGGAAAAGGAGUAG